AUGGCUGGAACAGGUCGCCUAGACCUGUCUAAGCAAUCAAUACCGGGCCAGCAUCUUCUUACACUCGAACGCGACCCUCAAGCACAGCAUUCUCAACAGUUUCUAAGUUCGGCCCGGUCCUAUGCGGAUCUGAACUAUCUUUUUGGGGCCCAGGAUAUAACGAUGAUUGGGCCCAUUCCGAAAUCAAAUCGACGAAAAUCAAGUCAGGGAAUUGACCAUGUGAAGCAUCGUCGGACAAGAUCUGGUUGUUAUACUUGCCGCAGUAGACGAGUAAAGUGUGACGAACACCGCCCAAAAUGUGAUAGAUGCACAAAAGGCAAUCGAGAAUGUGUAUACCCUGAUGUGCAGAAAUCGGCAAAGGGUGCGGGAGUCACUUCAUCUAAAGUUGGGCAGUCAAAGCCAUCAGAAAGCCCUGGUUCAUCCGAGGAUGAAUACGAGGAACGAGACGUUGAGCGCCUGGAAGUUAUCCGAGAUGAAGAUGAGAUCGAAAGCCAAUUCAAGUAUUCAAAAAAUAGUUCGAACCUCAAUGCCAGCGCACAAAGUUCGCAUUCUUCCACUCGUAUUAAAAGUGGCACAAGGCAAAGCUCAGAGACCCCUUCUUUAAUACAAGAAACAGGCUCUUCCCCGACACCGUCAACUGAAGGCUCUAUUGGUUAUUCUUCAUUUGAGCAAUUUAGCGGCAGUCCUCAAUUCUACGACCAGACAUUCACAAAUGACUUGGGAUCCGACAACUCGAGGAGCAGCUGGUCGCAUUUACCACCUGAUCUCCAAUUUUACCUCACAUAUUAUUGCCAAAAUAUCACCUUCAUGCAUUAUAGCUUGAGGUCCAACAAUGAGGGCUUUAUUCACAAAUUGUUAUUAGAUGUCGCCAUCCGCCAUGAACCACUUCUUUACGCAGUGGUGGGGUUUUCAGCUUUCCAAUAUGCAGUAGAGAAACGAGAAGGCAAAAUCCAAGACUUUCUACAAUACUACAACAAAGCAGUAUCGUUACUUUUAGUCUCACUAAAGAAAGGUGCCCAGCAUACUACAGGUACAAUUUUAGCUAUCUUACAAUUAGCAACGAUCGAAGAGUAUCUUGGGGACUGGGCAAAUCUUUUAGGCCAUCAAAAGGCUGCAUACGAAAUAUUGGUAGAUCUAUAUUCCCCACAAACAAUCUUUGAGACAAGUAUAGGCCGCGCUAUCUUCGGUUGGUAUACACGUUUCGAUGUCAUGGCUGGAAUCAUGGGUGGUUUUGAUGCCUCCAUUUCCCGAGAAUGGUUUUCAUAUGCACAGGAAUAUUUCAAGAAUCGAAUCACGCAAGAACCAGAUAGCCUAGUAUGGAAAUUGGAGCAUCAGGCUUCAGCUAUGCGUCUUGUAGGCAAAGACAUGUCGACGUUAUUUGCGAAGCAAGGAAAAGGAGAAAUUACUCAUGAACAAUUUAUCUUUGAAAAUGCAAAGAUGACACAGCGGAUGAAAGACUGGAAGGACGAUAUGGACCCAGCGCUGCUGGAUAGUCAAUAUUUGGUCACGGAAUUUUCCCCAACACAACCUGGGAGUCUAUUUGAACCAUCCAUGCCAGGUGUACUUUACCGUGGGCCGCUUUGGGCGAUUAACAUAGAUUCGAUGGAUCGGUAUGCUGUAGCCUUGAUGCAUGGACUGCAUACUGCUCAGGCGAUGCAGACGCCACCCGAUUUUGAAGUUAUGAACAGGUUAUCCGAAGAUUUAUGUCAGAUGUAUGAGGCAAUUUUGCAUCAUCCGGAGACACCAAAAGGGGCAGCCGUUGGUCUCCAAGGAGGUCUUGGUAUUGCUGUAUUUUUUCUAUCCAAAGAUGAAGCAUAUAAUAUGUGGAUGCGCCGAAAGUUGGCAACGAUAGAGUCUCAGGGUUUCAUACAAACUUUCGCGUUCAGGAGCAAAAUGGCAGAACUAUUUCGAGAUAAUUCUUGCAUGCAUUGGUGGUUGCCAAACGACGAAAUGUAUCAUCCAAUAAUUCGAUCUAUACGAAAAUUUGUCGAGGAUCGAACCUCCUCGCCAAAGAACGCUGAGAGCAAAGAUGUACAGGACAUGAAGGCGGUUUUCUCUGCUAUGGAUAUCAGUGACCAGAGUGAUAGCUCACCACAAAUGAGCAACAAGGGGAAGUCAGUGGCCACGGACUUCGACGUUGCUAGCAGCUCGGGGUGGUCUCCUGCUCAGACAAGUAAUGAUUACAGUCAAAAUGAAUAUGGCGGCGACUCUAGGAGCGAACAAUCUUCCUGGAACAAUCAAACUGGGGGUUAUUGA